AUAUUAUUUUGCGAAAUCGGAAAAGGUCUGCUAAAUGUCGAAAUGCAAGAUUCAAACGAAUGUAUUAAACGAAUUGAAGAAGCUAUCGAUAAUGAAUAUUUUAAACAUUAUGAAUACAAACAUUUUAGUAAUAUUCAAGAGAUUGGUUCCGGAAGUUCUGGUAAAAUGUAUCGUGCAGAGUGGAAAAAUUUUCAUAGUUAUUUAGCAUUAAAAUCUUUUUAUAGAUUCGAUAAUGUUAUUGUAAAAGAAAUUGUUCAUGAGUUUAAACUUAAACGAGAUAUAGGUUCUCAUGAUAACAUUAUUCAAUUCUAUGGAAUUACAACGAGUAUGUUAGAAUAAUAUGUUAUUUGUAUAAAAUUUAAUAAUCUGAUUUUUUCUUUUAUUUGCUAGAAGAUCAAUUGAAAAAUUAUCUUUUGGUAAUGGAGUAUGCCGAUGGGG